AACCGGACAGUGGAAUCACUCGUGGCGCGGCUCCCAACAUUGUCAUGUGGAAACCUGGAACCAAAGCGCCGUCGCCGCACGCACCGGCCCUGCCAACCAAAAUCGAUGCGGCACCGCUGAAGAAGGCGGCCAGUGAUGGACCCAAGGCACCCAAACCUGCGCUGUCGCACAAGACGCUGGCGAUGAAGUUUAUGCAAAGAAAGAACCAGGCAGCAUUGGCCAAGGCUGAAAUCCAGCAGGACGAGUGGGUUGAUUCCAACGAAGGGGGCGAAGUGACUGGGGAACUGACAUGCAUCCAAGACAUUCCGGACCCGUCGAUGGACAAGAAGCUUGGACGAAGGUCCUUUGGUGGGUUCAAUGGAAACAUAGAGGAAGUACACAAGGGGCUCAAGUCCAACAAGCGUUUUGAUGAAGCCAACGAACGGGCGUUGAAGGACGAGGUCUCGGCGGAAGAGAUGACCGCCAGGUAUCGACGUCAUGAUGCCACGACACGGAUAUGUGAUGAUGGUCUGUCUACAGAAUGGCCAAGUACACUGGACUGCGAAAAGGGCCCAACAACAACAACCGCCCCUCCAAGCGACAGAAGAAGUAGAAGGACGAGUGCGGAAUAGAGCUCGAGAGGUGGACGGAACUGUGACAAGGGUUCAACCCCAUCGCAGGUUGGGUCGGUCCCUUCACGUGUUGGACAAAUAUGCCUAAAUAUACAAUUCUAUGAUAGUAUUAACGUUACGCCUGGAAAUACAUUGUUG